GCGCGCGUGGCCCGUCCGGGUCGGCGGCUGAGUCCCCUGCGCCGUCUGUCGCCUCCUUGCUGUCUGGGCUUCCGGCUCGCUCAGCCCUGCUCUCCUUCCCUUCCCUCUCUGUCCGUUCCUCUUCUCUGCAGGCCUCAGGACCCUCCGGAGACGGGCGAACCACAGAAAAACCAUCUGUGGUUCUGUUGCGCCAUGUGUGGCAUUUGGGGCCUCUUUGGCAGUGAUGACUGCCUUUCGGUGCAGUGUCUGAGUGCUAUGAAGAUUGCACACAGGGGUCCAGAUGCAUUCCGUUUUGAGAAUGUCAAUGGCUACACCAACUGCUGCUUUGGAUUUCACCGGUUGGCGGUGGUUGAUCCUCUAUUUGGAAUGCAGCCAAUUCGAGUGAAGAAGUAUCCUUAUUUGUGGCUCUGUUACAAUGGUGAAAUCUACAACCACAGGGCGAUGCAACAGUAUUUCGAAUUUGAGUACCAGACCAAUGUGGAUGGAGAGAUAAUUCUUCAUCUGUACGCCAAAGUAGGAAUUGAGAAAACAAUUUGUAUGUUGGAUGGGGUGUUUGCGUUUAUUUUACUGGACACUGCCAAUAAGAAAGUGUUCUUGGGCAGAGAUACCUAUGGAGUCCGACCUUUGUUUAAAGCCAUUACAGAAGAUGGAUUCCUGGGUGUGUGUUCAGAAGCUAAAGGUCUUGUUACACUGAAGCACUCCAUGACUCCAUUUUUAAAAGUGGAGCCGUUUCUUCCAGGACACUAUGAAGUUCUGGAUUUAAAACCAAAUGGCAAAGUGGCUUCGGUGGAAAUGGUUAAAUUUCAUCACUGUACGGAUGAACCUGCGCAUGCCAUCCAUGACGGAGUAGGGAAACUUUCUCCAGGUUUUGAGAUAGAAAUUGUGAAGAGCAACCUCCGUGUCCUUUUUAACAAUGCUGUUAAGAAGCGGUUGAUGACAGAUAGAAGGAUUGGCUGCCUUUUAUCAGGGGGCUUGGAUUCCAGCUUGGUUGCUGCCACUCUGUUGAAGCAACUGAAAGAGGCCCAAGUACAGUAUCCUCUCCAGACAUUUGCAAUUGGCAUGGAAGACAGCCCUGAUUUACUGGCUGCUAGAAAAGUGGCAAAUCAUAUUGGAAGUGAACAUCAUGAAGUCCUCUUUUCCUCUGAGGAAGGUAUUCAGGCCUUGGAUGAAGUCAUAUUUUCCUUGGAAACCUAUGACAUUACAACAGUUCGAGCAUCAGUAGGUAUGUAUCUAGUUUCUAAGUAUAUUCGGAAGAAUACAGAUAGCGUGGUGAUCUUCUCUGGAGAAGGAUCCGAUGAACUGACUCAGGGCUACAUAUACUUCCACAAGGCCCCUUCUCCAGAAAAGGCCGAAGAAGAGAGCCAGAGGCUUCUGAAGGAACUGUAUUUGUUUGAUGUUCUCCGUGCUGACCGAACUACUGCUGCCCACGGCCUUGAACUGAGAGUUCCAUUUCUGGAUCAUCGGUUUUCUUCCUAUUACUUGUCUCUGCCACCAGAAAUGAGGGUUCCAAAAAAUGGGAUUGAAAAGCAUCUCCUGAGAGAGGCAUUUGAAGACUCCAACCUGAUACCUAAAGAAAUUCUUUGGCGACCAAAAGAGGCCUUCAGUGAUGGGAUAACCUCAGUCAAGAAUUCCUGGUUUAAGAUUUUACAGGAGUUUGUUGAACAUCAGGUUGAUGAUGCAACAAUGGCAGCUGCAGCCCAGAAGUUUCCCUUCAAUACCCCCAGAACGAAGGAAGGCUGUUACUACCGCCAGAUCUUUGAACGCCACUACCCAGGCCGGGCUGGCUGGCUGACCCACUACUGGAUGCCCAAGUGGAUCGGUGCCACUGACCCUUCGGCCCGCACGCUGGCCCAUUACAAGUCAGCCACUAAAGCUUAGGUGCUCCCUCUCCAUGCUGGGGGCAGGAAGCAGACGUCUCUUCCUGCUGUGGUGGUGGGGAAGUGGGGGGUGGAUAGAGGACCCGUAGGAGUCAAACACUCAGGCUUCCUUGAGCUUGACAAAAAUAAAAGUCAUACAUCUAAAAUCUAAAA